CCGCGCGUUCGUCCAGUGCUCAGCUCACUUUUGGCGCCAGCCGGGAAGGUGUUUCCGAGACAUGGCUGCUGCUAACCCAUGGGACCCGGCAUCAGCGCCAAACAGCGCUGGGCUACUGCUGAGCCACUUCGUAGCUUCAGGGACUGUCACUCAGGAGAUGUUAAAUAUAUCUAAGAAAACAGCUUCAUGUUUCAUGAACUUCUCCAGACAACAGCAGAUCACAGAUACACAAGCUGAAAUCUACCAGAAAAACCUGGAAAUUGAACUCCUGAAACUAGCAAAAGACACAGAAGAUGUUGUUCAUCCUUUCUUUUUGGCUCAGAAGUGUCAUACUCUGCAAAGCAUGAAUAAUCAUUUGGAAACAGUGUUAAAAGAGAAGAGAUCCCUCAGGCAAAGACUACUGAAACCCAUGUGCCAGGAAAACUUACCUAUUGAAGCCGUUUAUCAAAGAUCUAUGGUACAUUUGCUUGAGUUGGCUGUGACUUUCAUUGAGAGAUUAGAAACUCAUUUGGAAACAAUUAGAAAUAUACCUCAUUUAGAUGCAAAUCUAAAGAAAAUGAGCCAGGCUUUAGCAAAGAUGGAUAUUUUGGUGACCGAGACAGAAGAACUAGCAGAGAAUAUACUCAAGUGGCGAAAACAACAAAAGGAAGUUUCCUCGUGUAUCCCCAAACUAUUAGCUGAAGAAAAUGUUCUUCAUAAACAUGAUAGUAGGAUGUCUCCUUUACCUUCUACUUCUAAAGUUCAUGCCCAAACUAUUAAUGCCAAGUGAUCUUCAACUUUAUUUUUACUUAAUUAUAUAUACUCUAAUCAGUUGUGACAUAUUUUAUAGGCUUUGCUACUAGCAAUACUAAAAGAACCCUCUUUUUAUUGGAGUAUCAAGAUGUCAAGUUCAUUAAGACCAAUUUUUGUCUUUCAUAUGUUUUCAUUCCACUUUUAAGUAAAGCUACUAAAGAUCAAAUAUAACUAUGAUUUAUUUACGUAAGAGAACCAUUUCUCUGGCAGCAGAUUCUCUAUUAUGCCUUUAUAAAAAAGGCAUGUUUGGGCUGGGCAUGGUUGCUCAUGCCUGUAAUCCUAGCACUCUGGAGGCCAAGGUGGGUGGGAGCUUAGGAGUUGGAGACUUUAAAAAAAAAAAAAGGUUCAAGACUAGCCUAAGCAAGAGUGCGACCCGUCUCCACUAAAAAUAGAAAAACUAGCUAGGCAUUGUAGCAGGCACCUGUAGUCCUAGCUACUCAGGAGGCUGAGACAAGAGGACUGCUCAAACCCAGGAGUUUGAGGUUUCUGUGAGCUAUGAUGAUGCUACUGCACUCUACCAGGGUGAGAGAGUGAGACUCUGUCUCAAAAAGAAAAAAAAAGCAUGUUUCUGAAUUAGAAGAGUCUUCUUGAAUCUGAAAAUUUCUGUGAUGAUUGUUCCUAUUUAAUUGUCAGUGAGCAGAAAGCAAUAACAGAGCAGGUUUCACAUCCUUGGAAAGAUCUGCUUAAAGUAUUGGUUGUUGGCUGGUACAUCUGGAAACUUAGAUAUGAGGAUGCAUUUAGUCCAUCUUUUUGCUACUGUAACAAAAUGCCACAGGCUGGAUAAUUUAUAAAGAACAAAAGUUUGUCUGGUUUAUGGUUCUAGAGUCUAGGAAGUUCAAGAGCAUGCCUGGCACCAGCAUCUGGAGAGGGUCGUACUAUGGCAGAGGCAUAACAUUGCCAGUGAGGAGGAGAGAGGCAUAUGGGGCCAAACUUACCCUUUUAUCCUAAAAGGGUAAAUGAAGGGUUUCCUUCAUUCGCUAAUAAGAGUGGUUCAUUGUGACCAAGCUAUUACCCCGUUUCCCCGAAAAUAAGACCUACGUACAGGAAAGUUAAGACGUCCCCUGAAAAUAAGACCUAGCACAUCUUUGGGAGCACACCUGAAAAUAAGACAGGAAACAGGGUAGUACAAUGUGGUUUAUGCUGAGUACCUGCUUUCCUUCUGGGAGUCCAGGAUUUGGGUACAUGCUGGAAGAUAGGUGUAUGACAUCCCCCAGUAAAAAUCCUGGGUACUGCAUCCCUAAAAAGCUUCCCUAGUAGACAACGUUCACAUGUCACAAUUCAGGUGCUGGCAGAAUGAAGCACAACCUGUGUGACUCUAGAAGAAAGAGUGGGAAAAACUCUGAUGAUAUUGGCCUGGAAAAAGAUUUUAUGAAGAAGACCCCAUUGGCAAUUACAGCAACACUAAAAACAAGUGGGAUAUGAUCAAGCUAAAAAGCUUCUACACAGCUAAAGCAAACAGACAACCUUCAGAAUAGGAGGAGAUAUUCACAUGUUAUGAAUCUGACAAAGGACUGAUAACUAGAAUAUACAGAGAACUCUAAUAAAUGAGAAAAGAGCAAACAACCCUAUUUAUCACUGGGCAAGAGACAUGAACAGAACCUCCCAAGAAGACAGAUGAAUGGCUAACAAAUAUGAAAAAAUGCUCUUUGUCCCUAAUCAGAGAAAUGCAAAUCAAAACCACUUUGAUAUAUCACCUAACCCCAGCAAGAAUAGCCCACAUCACAAAGUGCAAAAGCUGCAGAUGGCUGCCAUGAAUGUGGAAAGGGAACACUAUUACACUGCCGAUUGUAAACUAAUACAGCCUCUAUGGAAAGAAGUAUGGAGAAUCCUCAAAGAGCACAAAAUAAACCUUCAUUUGAUCCUACAAUCCUAUUACUAGGUAUUUACCCAGAAGAAAUCAUUUUACCAUAAGGACAUUUGCAGUCCAAUAUGUAUAGCAGCUCAAUUCAAAAUCACAAAGAUGUUGAAACAACCCAAGUACUCCUCAAUCCAUGAAUGGAUUAAUGGACUCUGGCAUAUGUAUACCAUGGAAUACUAUUGAGCCAUAAAGAAAGAUGGAGACUUUGCAUGUUUUUUAUUUACCUAGAAGGAUUUGGAGAACAUCCUCCUAAGUAUCACAAGAAUGGAAAAGCAUUCAAUGUACUCAAUACUAAUAUGAAACUAGUAAAUGAACAACUAUAUCCCUAUGUUUUAAAAUAUUUCAUCUGGCAAACCAACUUAUGUAGUAUUGUAUUUAUCAUAUGUUGAGAUCAUAACUGUUAACCUCAUUGGUUUGAUGUUCUGUCCUAGAGGUGGAGAAUCUUUUUUUUUUUUUUUUUUCUUGAGACAGUCUCACUAUGUUGUUCUUGGUAGAGGGCCAUCACAUCACAGCUCACAGUAACCUCAAACUCUGGGGCUUAAGUGCAUCUCUUGCCUUAGCCUCCCAAGAAGCUGGGACUACAGGCACCUGCCACAACACCCAGCUGUUUUGUUGCAGUUGUUGUUUAGCAGGCCAGGGCCCAGUUCAAACCUGCCAGCCCGGUUGUAUGUGGCCGGCGCUCUGACCACUGAGCUAUGGGUGCCGAGCCAUGGAGAACCUUUUCAUGUUGGAAGGCAGAAUUUAGCUGUAGUUAAAUAAAACCACACUCAAGAAAAUUACGUAGGGCCAGGCAUGGUGGCUCACAUCUGUAAUCUCAGCACUCUGGGAGUAUUGCAUGAGCUCAGGAGUUCAAGACCAGCCCAAGCUAGAGUGAGACCCCAUCUUUAAAAAUAGCCAGGCAUUGUGGUGAGUGCCUGUAGUCCCAGCUCCUUGAGAGGCUGAGGAAAGAGAAUCGCUUGAGCCUAAGAGUUUGAGGUUGCUGUGAGCACUCUACUUCCUCUGUCUGGGAAAAAAAAA